AUGAAUCUAUGGACAAGUAGCAGUACCACAAAAACAGCAGCGACAACAAUUACGACUACAGACGAUAACGCGUCGAUGAUGGAGGCCUUUAUGUCAUCUUCUUCCGAUAUGGGUUCUUUCUGGCCCGCCACAUAUGCUCCUAAUCCUGCUGACCAAUCGAAAUCCUCGACGUCAGCGGCACAAAUUUUCAAUCAAGAAACGCUACAGCAGCGUCUGUCGGCGUUGAUCGAGGGUGCCCAUGAGAGCUGGACUUACGCGAUUUUCUGGCAGUCCUCGAUGGUUGACUACGGUGGUCCGUCCCUAUUGGGCUGGGGAGAUGGGUACUAUAAAGGCGAAGAAAAUAAAGGGAAGCGCAAGACGGCGGCGUCACCGGCGGAGCAAGAGAACAGAAAGAAAGUGCUGAGAGAGUUGAAUUCGUUGAUUUCGGACCCACAAUCUUCGGCCGAUGAUGCUGUUGAUGAAGAAGUGACUGAUACGGAGUGGUUUUUUCUCAUCUCCAUGGCUCAGUCCUUUGUGAACGGGUCCGGGCUUCCAGGCCAGGCAUUGUACAGCUCGAGUCCUAUCUGGAUCGCUGGGGCGGAUAGGCUGGCUGCUUCUCACUGUGAGCGGGCCCGUCAGGCUCAGAUCUUUGGACUUGAGACCAUGGUUUGCAUACCUUCUUCAAACGGCGUCGUGGAACUUGGUUCGACCGAUAUGAUUUUCCAGAGUUCGGAUCUCAUGAACAAGGUUAGAGUUCUAUUUAAUUUCAAUGGCAUGGAAAUGGGUUCGGCUGCUCCGGCCCCGGGCUCGGGCUCCCGCUCGGGCUCUUGGGCAGCCUUGGCGGAGAAUGACCCGUCAGCUCUGUGGUUGACUGACCCUUCGUCCUCUGGUGUGGAAAUAAAGGAUUCUUUGAAUAAUAACAUUGGACUGGGGAGUUCAAUCCCUUCGGGUUCGGGUAGUGCUAGUAAACAAAGUUUGUUUGGCAAUGAAAAUCCUAGUACUAGUACUUUAACGGAGAAUCCGCAGCAGCAGGAGCAGCAGCAGGCGCCGGGGUUUUUUGCUAGGGAGUUAAACUUUACCGAAUAUGGGUUCGAUGGGGAUAGUGUUAGGAAUGUGACUUGUAAGCCGGAGACAGGUGAUAUUUUGCAUUUUGGGGAGAGUACUAAAAGGAGUAUGUGUGGUGGGAGUGGAAGUUUGUUUGGGAUUCAGGAGCAGAAUAAUAAAAACAAUAAUGUUAGCAAUAAGAAUAAGAAUAAGAAGACGUCCCCAACCUCGAGGGGGAGUAACGAGGAGGGCAUGCUUUCGUUUACUUCGGGUGUGAUUUUGUCAUCUUCGGGUGCUGGGAAGACGAGUAACGGUGGUGGUGGGGAAUUGGAUCAUUCAGAUCUCGAGACAUCUGUGGUUAAAGAGGCGGAUAGUAGUAGAGUUGUUGACCCUGAGAAACGGCCUAGAAAAAGGGGUAGGAAGCCUGCAAAUGGGAGGGAGGAGCCUUUAAAUCACGUGGAGGCGGAGAGGCAAAGGAGGGAGAAGUUGAACCAGAAGUUUUAUGCGCUUAGAGCUGUUGUACCGAACGUGUCCAAGAUGGACAAGGCUUCACUUCUAGGAGAUGCAAUAUCAUAUAUUAAUGAGUUGAAAUCGAAGCUUCAGAAUAUAGAGUCAGUUAAGGAGGAAUUGAAGGGCCAAUUGGAGUCAGUAAAGAAGGAGUUGGUGAAUAAAGAGCCUCGAGGUUCAGCUCCUCCAUCCGAGCAAGAUAUCAAGAAGCCAAACCAUGGUGGUAACAAGAUUGUUGAUGUUGACGUGGAAGUUAAGAUCAUUGGUUGGGAUGCGAUGAUACGGGUUCAAUCUAGUAAGAAGAACCACCCAGCAGCAAGGCUGAUGAUGGCCUUUAAGGAACUAGACCUAGAUGUUCAUCACGCUAGUGUGUCGGUGGUGAACGAUUUGAUGAUCCAGCAAGCCACAGUGAAUAUGGGGAGCCGAUUUUACACGAAAGAACAGCUUAGGGUUGCAUUGACAUCAAAAGUUGGUGAAAAUCAAUAA